UAAAAUUUUAAACUCUCAUUGAGCCUAGAUAAUUUUUAUUACAUUAUUCUGAUUGAUGUGAAAGAUCCGAGUUUGUGAAAUUAAAUAAGCUGUGUCAUAGCCGAGUGCCUCAUUGAAUUAAUCAGCGCCCCCACGAGAAUCUUCAAAACACUACCGAUUAUCCGGUUUGUAUUUGUGAUCAGUGUGGACUAGUGAAAGCGUCAGUACCACCACUACCACUAGUGGAAGCAUCAGUACCACCACUACCUCUAGUGGAAUCACCAGUACCACCUCUACCACUAGUGGAAGAAGCACCAGUACCACCACUACCACUAAGCGGACCAACAUGGCUGAGAAGACUGGUAGUUCUGUCACUUACCACCCUCCUGCUACUCAUGUCCUGCAUCCAGGCUAUGGCAGUGCCACUCUGCGAGCAUGGCAGUCCUGUGGCACCGAACUGCACCCACACAAUUUCGUUUUGCCCGUGUUUGUCACGGAAGCUGCUGAAGGAUCAGAACCUGUCGCCAGCAUGCCGGGAGUAUCGCGGCACAGCGUCUCUUCACUGGAGAAAUACCUCGCCUCUAUUGUACCUCAUAAGCUCUGCUCUGUAUGUCUGUGUGCAUACACCCGUCACGGUCACUGUGGGGAGCUCAGCGCCGACGGGUCCAUCAACAACGCGGCGUCCAUCGCGCGUCUGGCGCAGCAGGCGCUCGCCUACGCCGCUGCAGGCGGCGCUGGCNUGGCGCCCUCCGACAUGAUGGACGGGCGUGUGGGCGCCAUAAAGGCGGCGCUGGCGUCCCAGGGGCUGGACGGCAAGGUCUCUGUGCUCUCCUACGCCGUCAAGUUCGCGUCCAGCUUCUACGGCCCCUUCAGAGACGCUGCGUCGUCUGCGCCUGCUGCAGGAGACCGUCAGAGAUACCAGCUGCCGCCUGCCUCUGCCGGGCUCGCUAUGCGUGCUGCUGCUCGUGACGUGGCAGAGGGAGCGGACAUGCUGAUGGUGAAGCCUGGCCUGCCGUACCUCGACCUCGUGACACGUGUUAAGCAGACCUACCCACACCACCCCAUGUUUAUAUACCAGGUGUCGGGGGAGUACGCGAUGCUGCACCACGCCGCGGCCCACGGUGUCUUCGAGCUGCGCCGGACGCUCACCGAAGUUUUCCGCAGCAUGAGGCGUGCAGGAGCUGACGUGAUCAUCUCGUACUACACGCCUCAGGCGCUGCAGUGGCUGCAGGAGGAAGCUGCUGCCUCUGCCGACCUGCUAGAGCCUGGGCGUGGCUUGUCCAUGAGCUAGUGCAGCAACUAGUGUCCCGGAACAUGAACUAGUGUCCUGGGACGUGAACUAGUGUCCCGGAACAUGAACUAGUGUCCUGGGACGUGAACUAGUGUCCCAGGGCGUGGCUUUUCCAUGAUCUAGUGCAGCAACUAGUGUCCCGGGACAUGAACUAGUGUCCCAGGGCGUGGCUUGUCCAUGAGCUAGUGCAUGAACUAGUGUCUCGGGACCUGAACUAGUGCCCCGGGACAUGAACUAGUGCCCUAGGACAUGGACUAGUGUCCUAGGACAUGGAUUUAUGUCUAGACAUGGACUAGUAUCCUAGGACACGGAUUUAUGUCUCUAGACAUGAACUAGUGUCCCGGGGCAUGAACUAGUGCCAUUGUUAUCGGCAACACUAGUUCUAACACUAAUUAUAUUACGAAGGCUACUAUAUAAAGUCACGUUUCUACAUUUUUUUCAGAAUUUGACGUUCUUCUGUGAGUUUAUAUUCGUAAAUUAAUCGACCAGGGCUGUGAAUUCGCUCGUACUUACAAUUUUAUUUGCAUUUGCGAUCCAAGGUUUAUGUCAAUGAGUUCACUGUUGAUCCUUUUUAAACUAAUAUUUGUGGGACUGUUUUAUUAGUUGGUGUUGCAGGUCUAGUACAUGUGUUUGUCUAUAAAUAUUAUGUUGAUUAAUCAAGAGGUUUUAAUUGUUAAUUAAACAUCGUGAAAUAAACAUUGUUAACAAAUAACGCAUAUCGUGAAUGAUUCCUGCGAUGAUUGUUAUUUUAGUGCUGAAUCUUCGUUUAGGUAUGACAAUUUUAAAACGUUUUGUUUGUGGUGCUCGUGUCACGAUUCGUGGCCGUCGACGUACGGAAGUGUAAUGAGUAAUGCUAAUAUUUUGUGGAAGAAAUUAUUGUUAUUUUCAAUACGGUAACGGAAUCAUUUGUGCGUGUAUCGUGGAUGCCACCUACUCCAUUAUGUGUCUUAUAGCAGCAUUGAUUUUAUUGCUUUUGAUUAAUUUUAUUCUUCAAAGUCAGGCCUCUGCACUUGAUGAUUUGUUAUUGUUAUCAAAUUAAUCCGAUUUCAAUUCACUAAUAAAGGCUCGGUAGCGGAGAGUUAUUUAUCUAUUUGUCCUUCUAUAAAAUUGAUUUUGGUUUAAAUCAAGUAAAUGAUUCUGUAACUGAAUGUUAUCUAUAUAUUAGCCCUUUCAAAUAUUAAGCCGUGUUGUAACCAACCAUUUCUUACUACAAAUACAAAUGAUUUUUUAUUUAUUUUCAUCAAUAAUUAUCCGUAGUUUAUAUUUUAUAUGGCAUAGCAGACUUACCUGCCUUACUGCGCUCUUCAGUUCAUUUUUAGCGACAGUUUCGUCAUCAAAUGCUGGAUUAAUUGAUUGCUCAGCGUCUCAAGUUUCGGAAUGUAAGGAUUUUUUGUCGAAGACUUCAAUGUACAAUGUUAGAUCUUCUGUGAACAA